GAAAAAAAGUUCAAAGAUGAUCACUCCGUAUUCUGAUGUUUACUUAUCUUUAAGCUUGCAAGAAGCUGCUAUUUUUGAGGGGAAGCCCAUUAGAAUGAUGGGUGUCUUUGACAAUGAAAUUGAAGAGGUUUCAGAAAACAGUAAGAAGGCAAAUUUACGAAUAGCUGGAUUUGACGAGGAAGAAAAGAGGUUGAAGCAUCGGAUGUCAGCUAGACCUCAGACUUCUUUUAAACUUCCGCAAGGAGAGUAUAUUUUUUGUGAUUUUCGUACACUUCACAUUCCUGGGAUUGAGGUAAGAUCAGUUCAAGUAAUGUAUGAGAUUGUAACUGAUAAUUUUGUGCUUAUAGGCUACUAGAAUUAAAUUAGGUUUGUCCCCUAUAUAUUUAGUUGAAAUUAGCUUGAUU